AUGAUGACUGAGAGAUUGAGAGCUUUGGAGCAGAUCUGGAGCAGUGAUAGAUCUGGAGAACGACGACAACAAUCAAUCGCCGGCCACUGUGACGAGGAUGAUGCAGAGGCGGAAGAGGAAAGUGGACGAGAAGUGUCAGAAUCAUUGCAUCCCUUAGCAUCAUUGGAUCCGCCAUGGAAGUGGAGCUUGGAGACGUAUCGGGGAGAGGAGUACAGGGAGACGGAAAAGCCAAUUUGA